AUGUCCCUAGCAGGACUUAUUAUAGACCAAGAAAUGAAUCACAACAAGAAAUCAUUCCACAGAAGAAACGAUUCCGGUGAGCUCGACGUGUUCGAAGCAUCAAGAUACUUUUCAGGGUACAAUGAAGUUAUUGGAUACACUAAUAACUCUACUUGCACACAGAAAGUGAUAAGAGAAGAAAGGAAUGGCCACAGAGGAAGAAUAAGCUUAGACAUGCCAAUGAGAACCUUACUUCCGCAACAAUUUAACGGAGUCGAUCAGAAACAAAUAAAAGACAAGAAACACAACAAACAACCUAGCUCACCCGGCGGUAGACUCGCGAGCUUCUUGAAUUCUCUCUUCAAUCAAUCGACAUCAAAGAAGAAGAAGUCGAAAUCAAGUUCACAAUCCAUGAAAGACGAAGACGAGAGUCCUGGCGCCGGAAGAAGAAUGCAAAGAUGCAGCAUUAGUCAUUUCAGAAGCUCGAGUACCGCGGAUUCAAAAUCCGUUUACUCUUCUUUGAGUUCUGGUUUUCGAACUCCUCCUUAUGUAAACACUCCAACAAAGGGAUGCAGGGAAUUCAAAACGUUAUCUGAACUAAACCAUGCGGUGAAAACAAACUUGAAUGUUCAUGUAAAACCAUCAUCAACCACUUUGCAAAAUGAGUUGGGUUGGGAUGAUAAGAAAAGGAGAAACUCAAGUUUGUUGGGUGAUAACUACAAACAGUUGGUGGACAAAAGAGAAAUAAGGAAAUUCAAUGAGGUUGAUGAUGGUGCAGAAAGUGAUUCAAGUUCUGAUCUGUUUGAAUUGCAAAACUAUGAUUUGUGUCACAAUUCAAGUGGUUUACCAGUCUAUGAAACUACCAACAUGGAUAAUAUCAAGAGAGGAUCCACAAUUUCUAAUGUCUCUCAUUGA